AUCCCAGUCGGAGCUGGAAACAGCCAAUCCAAUAUGUCAAUGAGCCCGGACACGUUUGUAGGCGUGUUAUUGCUGGACGCAAUCACCGAGAGGAGCAUAUGUCUGCAGUAUCCCCCAUUCUCUCUCUUCCUCUCUCUCGCUCCUACUCUCUCUUCACCUGGACGUUGCCGCAUCCCACCGCUUUCUGUGUCAUUUUGCAUUUGAUACUUUGGAUAACUGCGCUUCGCCACAUGCAGUGAAAGCGUGAGCAAUAAGUUUGCGGACCGACAGAAAGCCACACUGCACGGAGCGCCUCGUCUUGUUUCCUGGCUGCGUGGAGAGGGGGGGGGGAUCUGUGUCUCUCUGUGGGAGACCAGCCACUUAGCUGUCGCUGUCACCCAAAACCCAAGUCCCAGGACGUGACGCGUCGUGGUGGCGCAGGCACACGGCACACACGCGUAAUUGCGCGCCGUCAUUUUGUUACUCAGUGGCCGAUGCAUGCGUGUAGGUGUUUUCCUCUCUCUGCAUAGUUUAAAGGUAGUUAUAGUUGCAUCGUGCGGACUGGAGCAUCUUACUGCGUGCAGAAAUGGAGAGAGAAGCGCAUCAGAAGCGGCAGAACCCGCGCCCAGCGGUGCUGAGCGUCUUUUCGUCUCUAUGUUCCGUGGCAUCCAUUGCGUUUUGCGUGUUUCUGAGUAUCAACACGUCUGAUGUCACCCGCCGGAUUGUGGAUUUGGAGAGUAGCAUCGGCGAGCCCAAUUUGAUCCGUCCUGUGGGCAACUCGGUGGAUGAUUUUAACAUAUUGAUUCGAGACAGAGUGGACGAGCUGCUGUCACAGCGCUCCUAUGAAAACCUUGCGAAGAUUCGGAUUGCACGCCAAGCGGACACCACGGAGUGCAACUGCCCCCCAGGUCCACCGGGAAAGCGAGGAAGACGAGGCCGAAACGGAGAACCCGGGCCCCGCGGCUCUCCGGGUACCCAGGGUGAAAAGGGGGACCAAGGCGACCAGGGGCCGCGGAUGGUUUUCCCUAAGAUCAAUCAUGGCUUUCUUUCCGCUGACCAGCAGCUCAUUAAGAGACGUCUCAUUAAGGGCGACCAGGGCCAGGCCGGAUCCCCCGGGCCCCCGGGGCCUCCGGGCCCCCCAGGACCCCGAGGACCCCCCGGAGACACGGGCAAGGACGGGCCCCGGGGCGUGGCAGGUGUACCGGGCGAUCCAGGAACGCCGGGAGAAGUUGGACCGAUGGGCCCAGAGGGAGGCACGGGUUUAUUAGGACCUCCAGGGCUCCCCGGUAACGAUGGACAAAAGGGAGAUAUCGGAACCUCAGGAAUGAGCGGUGUCGACGGCUCCAAGGGCGAAAUUGGAGAGCAAGGUGAAAAGGGCGACAUGGGAGAGGACGGAAUGAAGGGUGACGGCGGGGAAAAGGGAGACGCUGGCUCCUCCGCUGCGGGCAUCAAGGGAGAACCGGGAGAGCCCGGAAGAGGAGGAAUAAAGGGAGAGCCGGGACUUCCAGGGCUGCCCGGACUUCCGGGGAUUAAGGGCGAGCCCGGCUUCUUAGGACCACAGGGGGAGCCAGGGCUUCCAGGGCUCCCAGGAACCAAGGGCGAGAGGGGGGAUUACGGACCCCCAGGCAAGGGAGACAAAGGAGAGAUCGGGACAGCUGGACCAAAGGGGUCACCGGGAGAGGCGGGCGUUCCCGGGUUCAGAGGCACCAAGGGGGAGACUGGAGACAAGGGAGUCUUCGGCGCUAUUGGCCCACAGGGCCCACCUGGACAGAAGGGAGAUCAGGGAAACACGGAAAUCAUCGAUUACAACGGCAACAUCCAGGAGGCUCUGCAGAAGAUUACCACGUUUACAGUCACGGGUCCCCCCGGUCCGCCCGGGCCCCUGGGCCCUCAGGGCCUGAAGGGGGAUCAAGGGCUGCCUGGCCUCCCGGGACUUGACGGUGAACGGGGCUACAAGGGUUCCAAGGGAGACAUGGGGAUGCCGGGCUCAUCUGGGGAGAAGGGCACCACCGGCCUGCCUGGACUUCCUGGGACCAACGGGGCCAAAGGGGACCGGGGGGACUCCGGGAUGACGGGCGCCGAGGGGCCCUCGAUCACCGGCCUUCCAGGCCCGCUGGGGCCGCACGGACCCCCAGGACCCAUGGGUCCCCAUGGUUUUCCCGGACUGAAGGGUGACGCGGGGCUGCACGGGGCCAAGGGGGCCCGGGGCGAGGUCGGCCACAAGGGGGACCGCGGACCCCUGGGGCUUCCCGGCACGGACGGACCUGUGGGCCCAGCCGGACCCGCCGGGCCCAAGGGAGACAUAGGGGAACGAGGCACCUCCGGAGAGCCUGGUCCGAGAGGACCUUACGGACUACCUGGAUCUGCCGGAACCCCAGGCUUGGACGGCUUGACUGGAGAGAAAGGCGACAUUGGGGAGAGGGGCGAAAAGGGUUUCCGUGGGUUUAAGGGUGACAAGGGGGAGCCUGGGCAGCCCGGUCUGGACGGGCUGGACGCCCCAUGCCAAUUGGGCCCUGACGGACUGCCCAUGCCUGGAUGCUGGCAGAAGGGAGUCACCCCCUGGCUGGUGGCCUGAGCCCCGCCCCCAAGAGACGGACCGCCCGUUUAUUGAUACGCUUUUAUUGUGGCGGGGCCUGCGCUUUUGGUUUGAGCUACGACUCAGCAGGUUCUCGCCGUCGCUCCCCAGCGGUCCAUAUACCCCUCCCCCCCACCCCAACGGG